AGUUGGCUAAGAAGCUUCAAAGUGACUCCAAGUUCGGUUACGGCUAAGGCUUUUGAUUGUGUUGAUAUAGCAAAUCACAUAGCUUUACAUCUUGUGUACUUGAACAAAUAAUAACAAUAGUUAGUGCCUGUAAUACUGAGAAGUGAAUUUUCCUAAUUACAAAGCACAAAUUAAGGCCAAGUGAAAUUAUAGCGGGAGUCUCGCAAGGACGUAUUUUGGGCCUGUAAUUACAAUGUCACGCUGAUUCAAAAACUGUACCCAGACUAACAAAAUGUUGUGGAAUUCAUUAGCGCUUUUGUUCUUGAUAGUGAAGACUGUCGGUGUAUUAAGUAAAGACUUAGAUGAGAGUGAGAGGACACUAAGGGCUGUUUUUGUUCAAAACUUGUUGAACAAACGAAAGUAUUUGGAAGGGAAAAUAAGGUUGAGCGGCCCUAACGAAUUCGAAGGGAACGUGUACAUUUACCACGCGGGACGCUGGGGGGCCGUCUGCGAUGAUUCCUGGGACGAUGCGGCUGCCACGGUCGUGUGCAGGAUCUUCAACAGAACUGGUGUGGCCACGUAUGGAGCGCAGUAUGGGGAAGCUACCAGAAGAUUCUGGAUGGAUGACGUAGUCUGUGAAGGCGAAGAGAAAUCACUAUCCCACUGCAUAUUCUCCGGUUGGGGAUCAUCAGAUUGUGAGCCCAGUGAAGCAGCUGGAGUGAUAUGCUUUGACAAAGAUAGUGAACUGUCUACGGAAUCUCCAAAGAGUAGCGAUAAGAAGAUUCUGGAAGCCUUGGAUCUGAAAUCUGCCAGUUUGCGACUUAGCGGUGGUCGGAGUAACAACGAGGGGAGAGUGGAAAUAUACCACAACGGAUCCUGGGGCAGCAUUUGCCCUGACGGCUGGACUGUCUACGAAGCCUCCGCCGUUUGUCGUCAUUUAGCCCUAGGGUAUGCCCAGCAGGCCCUCCAGACUGACUUCUACGGAGACUCCAGGAUAGUCCUCAGUGGAGUGAAGUGUGAAGGAAACGAAAGCAAUCUCUUCAUGUGCAGUCAUAGGGAGUAUGGAGACGUGGUGUGCCCUGGCGAAGUUGGUUACGUGGCAGCAGUGGUAUGCACACACGUGCUAGCCGACCUGGCCCUGGACACAACAGCUAUAGAAAGAACGUCCCAUCUGCAGGACGUGUCGAUGUACCAGCUCCAAUGCGCGAUGGAAGAGAACUGCUUGAGCAAAUCUGCUUAUGAGAUCAAGGAGAGGAAUCCAGACUGGCAAUUCGAGACGCGCCGACUCCUGCGCUUCACGGCUUCAUCUCUGAACAUUGGGAACGACGACUUCAGGCCGUACCUGCCCAAGCAUCUGUGGCAGUGGCAUCUUUGUCACAUGCACUACCACAGCAUGGAAGUGUUCGCGACAUUCGAUGUGCUUAAUAGCACCGGCCACCGAGUGGCGGAGGGUCACAAGGCGUCCUUCUGCUUGGAGGACAACACCUGCAUGCCUGGGGUCGAGAAGAAGUACUCCUGCAAGAACUAUGGGGACCAAGGUGUAUCAGUGAACUGCUCAGACGUGUACCAGUACACCAUCGACUGCCAGUGGGUGGAUGUGACAGACGUGGUGCCUGGCGACUACACUUUUAAGGUGGCAGUAAACCCCCAUGCCAGGGUAGCAGAACAACAAUACCAUAACAACGCGGCGACCUGCAAACUACGUCUGACAGACUCGUAUGCCUCGGUUUAUUCUUGUACGCUAGGACGACCGUGAAAUGGGAGUUUAGUAAGUAAAAAAACAUUUUUUUAAAUAAAAAAAUCUUUUUUGUUUAAUUUUUUUUUAAAGAUAUUUUGUAUAAUAAAACGUUGAGAGUUUGUAAAAUAAAACAAUAUGUUUGA